CAACCAUUAAAGACGAAGAUCGACGCAGCCUCUUCCAGCAUCAUCAUCUCCACCCUCCAUCAUCUUUUCUUGGGAAUAAGCGGCCACAAAACUGGAUUCUUUCUUCACUUCGGCACCUAAACCUAACUUCCGACACCAGCAUGUCUGACAAGAGCGAGCUGAAGGCUGAGCUGGAGAGGAAGAAGCAACGGAUCGCCCAGAUCCGCGAGGAAAAGAAGAGGAAAGAAGAGGAGAAAAAAAAGAAGGAUGGAGAAUCCAAGCGUGGCGCGGAGGCGGGGCCGGCUGGCGGCGAAGACUCGGAUCUGGAGAGGAAGAGGAGAGAAGCCGAGGCCCUUCUCCAGAGCGUUGGCAUCACCCCCGACGUCCCGCACGCUCAGCCCCUGAGGGUAGUAACAGAAGAUACGUGUCUGUUUCACUACCUAGUCCCCGCCCCCAUGUCUCCCUCCAACAAAUCAGUGGGCAGCGAUGCUGGAAGCCAAGAUUCCGGGGAUGGAAACGCAGGACCAAGGACUUUGCAUUGGGAUCCUGACCCCUCCACUCUGCAACUCCACUCCGACUCUGAGCUGAUGGGACGUGGAACGGUGAGACUUGGGAUGUCCAAACUCAUCCAGGUGGAUUUUGUCCCGAAGGAAAUGGUGUCCUACUCCAAGGAGACGCAGACGCCCACAGAGGCGUCGGCUCACACGGAUCAGAAAGCGGACGAAGAAGAGGAUGAGGAGAUAAGCGCUCCCCCGCUCACAGAGGACGCCCAGGAUGAGAAAAAUGAGCAGAGCGAACAGCAGGAGGAAGACGCCCCCAAGGAGCUGACAGAGGAAGAGAAGCUGCAGGUCCUUCACUCUGACGAGUUCUUGUCGUUUUUCGAGCGCGGCAGCCGGAUCGUGGAGCGAGCUCUGGCCGAGCAGGUGGACGUCUGCUUCGACUACAGCGGGAGGGAUCUGGAGGAUAAGGAAGGUGACUUGCAGGCAGGAGCGAAACUGGUUCAGAACAGACAGUUUGCAGAUGAGCGCUGGACCAAGAACCGAGUGGUGACCUGCCUCGACUGGUCACCUCAGUACCCAGAGUUGCUGGUUGCCUCGUAUAACAACAACGAGGACGCUCCGUACGAGCCGGACGGCGUGGCUCUAGUCUGGAACAUGAAGUACAAGAAGGCCACGCCAGAGUACAUCUUCCACUGCCAGUCUGAGGUGAUGUCGGCUGGCUUCGCAAAGUUUCACCCUAACCUGGUGGUGGGUGGGACUUAUUCCGGACAGAUAGUCCUGUGGGACAACAGAAGCAACAAACGCACUCCUGUUCAGAGAACUCCCCUGUCGGCGUCGGCGCACACGCACCCGGUCUACUGCGUGAACGUCGUCGGAACCCAGAACGCUCACAACCUGAUCAGCAUUUCCACCGACGGCAAGAUGUGCUCCUGGAGUCUGGACAUGCUCUCCCAGCCGCAGGACAGCCUGGAGCUGGUGUUCAAACAGAGCAAGGCGGUGGCCGUGACGUCCAUGGCGUUUCCUCUGGGGGAUGUGAAUAACUUUGUGGUGGGCAGCGAGGACGGCUCGGUCUACACCGCCUGUCGUCACGGCAGUAAGGCAGGCAUCACAGAGGUGUUUGAAGGCCACCACGGUCCUGUGACUGGACUGAGCUGCCACAGUGCUGCAGGACCUGUUGAUUUCUCUCACCUCUUCAUCUCCUCCUCUUUUGACUGGACCGUCAAACUGUGGAGCACAAAGAGCACCCGUCCUCUGUACUCGUUCGAGGACAGCUCCGACUAUGUCUACGACUCGAUGUGGUCUCCGGCGCAUCCCGCUCUGUUCGCCUGCGUGGAUCUGUCCGGACGGCUGGAUCUGUGGAACCUCAACAACGACACCGAAGUUCCGACUGCGAGUGUGUGUGUGGAAGGGUCUUCGGCCCUGAACCGCGUGAGAUGGUCUCACUCUGGAAAGGAGAUCGCCACCGGAGACUCAGACGGACAGGUGCAGGUGUACGACGUAGGGGAGCAAAUCUGCGUUCCCAAAGCCGACGAGUGGACGCGUUUCGUCAGGACUUUGGCUGAGAUCAACGAAAACAGAGACGAAGCUGAGGAGCUGGCUAACGUCUGAUCCUGUGACCACUCCCUGCUAACCAUUACUAGAUUCCUCUCCAGUAUGUUACUAUAGCACAUUAUAUAAGACACAGCCAGGGGGGAGUCGCACCGUCUUCUCUGAUUUCCAGCUUUUCCUUCUGCCAGAACUUGGGCCUGAGGAGAUGCGCUGAGCUAGACAGACAGGAGAGUUUUAGAUUUAGGUUUUAGAGAGAAAAAAAAAGGGGGUUUAGAGUUCGUGUGUAGUUAAAAGAUGAAUUUAGGAAGGGAUACGCGAAGGUGAUUUUCAGCCCGAUCUGGACUUCUAGCUUCGACCGCAUCCUCAGGGCUCCAGGAACUGCUGUUCUCCUGAGGCCUCGACCAUUAUCUUUUUUACAUAUGCAAAACCUUUCUACACGCACCUUUUUAUUGCCAUUCGGGUGUUUUACAUAUUUUACAGACGCGCUUAUGCUGAAGCUGGCACACUAUUGAGACAGAUUUGGAAGUCUAAACAUCUGAGUUGUACGUCUUCGGCAGGACAGUGAAUGUGCUCACACACACAUACACACUCCAGGCCUGAAGAGUGUCAUGCUUACAUUCUAAUUGCUACUCUAUUUAAUAUUUAUUACUGUGGCUGCACUUAUUUAAAUAUUUUUAUUAUUCUGAAGAUGUUUCUUUGUACUUGAGGAGUACAGUCCUGAAUUUGGCACUACAAGCUUUUAAUAUGUUGGUAGUUUGAAUUUAAUGACACUACAAUUGUUUCUCUCUGUAACCAUGGUUAGUGAUUAAUCCUGUGCUCUUGUACUAAAAAGCAGGACGUGUUUAUUGACUAUUUCUUGAAGAGAAAUGUAAAAUAUAUUCUUUUAAAUGGUGUACCACGGAGGUUGGACGCUUUUUUUUUUUCUAGAGAUGAACCAAGAAAUUUUUUCUGAUUUUAAAUUUGAUCCGCCGAUUGGAAAGCCAAUAAUGUAGCCUAGCUCUGAUUACUGAACCAGGCUGUUUCCAGGUUCGUUAUUACAGCAACAGCCUUCAGUGUGGAUGCCGUUGCUGAGCGCAGACUCAAAAGGUCAAGUGAGGCGUUUCUAAAAAUGAAAUUGGGGCAGAGAUUUAAAAAUCCAUCUAGAGUGUUUUAUACAGCACACAGUUGUGACUGUGAAACAGUGAGAGAGAGCCACACUUUUAGACGAUAAAAGGAAAGCUACUUGUAUUACAGACAAGUAGCUUUCCUUUAUAGAGCAUAGUGGAUUUGGAAAUGUCCAUCUUUUGGAAAGACUGAGGCUGCUGUUUUUAAUGUUGGCCACAAGUAAAUAUGCUACAUGUAGUUCUUCCUAAUUUCGUCUUCCAUUUAAAAUGA